CUGGGGCGGCUUCUAGGAAGGCCCGGAUACCGCCACCGUUCCAUGGGGCGGAUGGGCGAAACUCCCAGCCUGUUGAAAGCACAGCCCCUAGCCGGGUCUGGGACCUGCCGCCAUGGGAGACAUGAAGACCCCUGAUUUUGAUGACCUCCUUGCUGCCUUUGACAUCCCUGACAUUGAUGCAAAUGAAGCCAUCCACUCUGGGCCAGAAGAAAAUGAGGGGCCAGGAGGCUCAGGGAGGCCAGAACCCAGUGUAGGGGGUGAAUCUGGAGAAGCAACAGCAGCAGCUGUGAGGGAUGGCCCUGGGGUUUCAGCCCAGGCCUCUGACCAUGGCCUGCCAUCAGCGGACAUCUCAGCAGUCAGUGUCAUUGUCAAGAACACUGUGUGUCCUGAGCAGUCUGAGUCCCUGGUUGGAAGUUCAGGAGGGGAAGGGGUCCGGGCUGGGGGUACAACUAAGGAAGGGCCUGUGGGACCACGUCUGAUGCAGAAUGGUUUUGGGGGCCCUGAGCCAUCCCUUCCAGGAAACCCCCACUCUCCAACUCCUCCCAGUGGGAGUACGUGGAAAGAAAAAUCCAUGGAAGGCAAAGCUCCUUUGGACCUCUUUGCUCAUUUUGAGCCGGAGCCAGGGGAGCACCCUGAUCCCCUGCCUCCGUCUGCACCCUCCCCACCUCGGGAAGGGGCCAUGACCCCACCUCCUUUCCCUUCUCCCUUUGAGCUGGCCCGGGAGAAUGGCCCAGCUCUGCUGCCGCCGGCUUCUCCCACACCUCUGGGCGCCUUGAAGCAGGGCGGCUGCAGCCCCCUUCAUCCUCAGAGCAUAGCCCAGCUCGGCUCAGGCUCCAGCCCUGAGGCUGUGGGCAUCCCUGCUAGCGCCUCGCCUCCCCAGGUUGUGGGGUUGCCCUUCUUCAAACAGUCUCCAGGGCAUCAGAGCCCUCUCACCUCCCCAAAAGUACCCAGCUGUCAGCCCCUAAAGGAAGAAGAGGAGGAUCAGGGGCCAGUGGACAAGUGUUCUCCAGGAAGUCCCCAGAGUCCUUCUAGUGGAGCCGAGGCUGCCGAUGAGGACAGCAAUGACUCCCCUGCCUCCUCCAGCUCUUCUAGGCCCCUCAAGGUGCGGAUCAAGACCAUUAAAACAUCCUGUGGGAAUAUCACAAGGACUGUAACCCGGGUCCCCUCAGACCCUGAUCCCCCUACCCCCUUGGCCGAGGGGACCUUCCUGGCUGAGGCCAACUUCCUAAAGCUGUCCCCUGCAGCUCCGACUCCUGAGGGUCCAAAGGUGGUGAGCGUCCAAUUGGGUGACGGCACGAGGCUAAAGGGUACUGUGCUGCCUGUGGCCACCAUCCAGAAUGCAAGUACUGCCAUGCUGAUGGCGGCCAGCGUGGCCCGCAAAGCUGUGGUUCUACCUGGGGGCACUGCCACCAGCCCUAAGACGAUGGCUAAGAAUGUGCUAGGUCUGGUGCCCCAAGCUCUGCCCAAGGCUGAGGGGCGGGCAGGGCUGGGAACAGGAGGACAGAAGGUGAACGGUGCCUCGGUGGUGAUGGUGCAGCCUUCCAAGGCAGCCACUGUGCCAGGAGCAGGCGGCGGCACAGUGAUCUCACGGACCCAGUCCAGCCUGGUGGAGGCCUUCAACAAGAUUCUCAACAGCAAGAACCUGCUGCCUGCCUACCGGCCAAACCUGAGUCCACCUGCUGAGGCCGGGCUGGCCCUACCUCCAACAGGCUACCGCUGCCUCGAGUGUGGGGAUGCCUUUUCAUUGGAAAAGAGCCUGGCGAGGCACUAUGACCGCCGGAGCAUGCGCAUUGAGGUCACCUGCAACCACUGUGCCCGCCGCCUGGUCUUCUUCAACAAGUGCAGCCUGCUACUGCAUGCCAGGGAGCACAAGGACAAGGGGCUUGUCAUGCAGUGCUCGCACCUGGUCAUGAGGCCUGUAGCUCUUGACCAGAUGGUGGGGCAGCCAGACAUCAUGCCCCUGCUGGCUGUCCCAUCUGCCCUCGGACCACCAGCCUUGCCUGCCUUGGGCAAGGGUGACGGGGCCAUCACCACCUCCGCCAUUUCUACAGUUGCUGCUGAGGCCCCUUUGCUGCCGCUCUCAACCGAGCCGCCUGCUGCCCCUGCCACCUCUGCUUACACAUGCUUUCGCUGCCUGGAGUGCAAGGAACAGUGCCGGGACAAGGCUGGCAUGGCUGCCCACUUCCAGCAGCUUGGGCCUCCCGCUCCUGGGGCCACCAGCAACGUGUGCCCAACCUGUCCCAUGAUGCUCCCCAAUCGCUGCAGCUUCAGUGCCCACCAGCGCAUGCAUAAGAAUCGACCUCCCCAUGUCUGCCCUGAGUGUGGGGGCAACUUCCUGCAAGCCAAUUUUCAGACCCAUCUCCGGGAGGCCUGCCUGCAUUUUUCUCGCCGUGUAGGAUACAGAUGCCCCAGCUGUGCAGUGGUGUUUGGGGGUGUGAACUCCAUCAAGUCGCACAUCCAGACGUCGCACUGCGAGGUUUUCCACAAGUGCCCCAUCUGCCCCAUGGCCUUCAAGUCUGCACCCAGCGCCCACGCUCACCUCUACACCCAGCAUCCCAGCUUCCUCACGCAGCAGGCCAAGAUGAUCUACAAGUGCGCCAUGUGUGACACGGUCUUCACUCACAAGCCCCUCCUCUCCUCACACUUCGACCAGCACUUGCUGCCCCAGCGUGUCAGUGUCUUCAAGUGCCCGUCUUGUCCUCUGCUUUUUGCCCAAAAAAGGACCAUGCUGGACCAUCUCAAGAACACCCAUCAGUCUGGUCGCUUGGGAGAGGAGGCUGCUGGGAAAGGGGCUGCGGAUGCCCUUACGACCCCCAAGGCUGAGCCUGAGGAGUUGGCUGUGUCUCGAGGAGGAGCAGCUCCCCCUACGGAGGAAUCGUCUUCAACCUCAGAAGAGGAGGAACUACCCAGCUCCCCAGAGCCCCCUCGUCCAACCAAACGGCCUCGCAGGGACUUAGGAAACAAAGGCACAAAGGGUGGGGGUGGGGGCCCUGGAGGCUGGACCUGUGGCCUUUGUCACUCCUGGUUCCCGGAGCGUGAUGAGUAUGUGGCUCACAUGAAGAAGGAGCAUGGCAAGUCAGUGAAAAAGUUCCCUUGUCGCCUGUGUGAGCGAUCCUUCUGUUCCGCCCCCAGCCUGAGACGCCACGUCAGAGUCAAUCAUGAGGGUAUCAAGCGAGUUUACCCAUGCAGGUAUUGCACAGAGGGAAAACGCACCUUCAGCAGCCGCCUGAUCCUGGAGAAACACGUCCAGGUCCGGCAUGGCUUGCCUCUCGGGGACCAGUCUCCUGGCCGGGGGAGUAUCGUGGUCCGGGGCCCUGGUGCCAGAGCCCAGGGGCCAGGACGGAAACGUCGCCAGUCCUCUGAUUCUUGCAGUGAGGAGCCCGACAGCACAACGCCUCCAGCCAAAUCCCCCAGGGGUGGACCUGGGUCGGGAGGCCCCCUUCGCUACCGGAGCGGUGGCUCAGUGGAGCAGAGCCUCAUGGUGGGGUUGAGGGUGGAUGGCGGGACCCAGCAGUGCCUUGACUGUGGCUUAUGUUUUGCCUCCCCUGGCUCCCUGAGCCGGCAUCGCUUCAUCAGCCACAAGAAGAAACGGGGUGUGGGUAGUGCCAGUGCCCUGGGCCUGGGUGAUGGGGAGGAAGAGGCCCCUCCAUCGAGGUCUGAUGCAGAGGUUGGAGAUUCACCCUUGCCUGCUUCUGGAGGCCCGCUGACCUGUAAGGUCUGUGGCAAGAGCUGUGACAGCCCUCUCAACCUCAAGACCCAUUUCCGCACACACGGCAUGGCGUUCAUCAGGGCUCGGCAAGGGGGCAGUGGGGACAACUAGGCCCCAGACCUGGACUGACUGCCCCCAUCCCUCUUCCCUGGGAGCCUGGGUCACUGCUGCUGCCUAGUCUGCAGGCUGGGGAGUUUGCUAUAAUUCACAUUUGUUCAGUUCCUCUUCCCUCUAACCCCCAGAGACAACAAACUUGAGCAUUAUAGUUACUUGCAGUCCCCACUUUGGGUUUGGCCCUUGGGUCCUAGUAGAGCGGGCCCUCCAUUCCUCCUUUCAUAGCCCAACACUAAUUACGCUCCUGCUGCAGACCCUGUGUGGGACUGGGGGUGGGAGGACAGGACUUUGUUAGGCCUGCUAGACCGUCCAGGGAAGGACCAGUGCUGGGGCAGUCAGGACACACUCCACAACCCCGUGCAGGCAGACUUCAGGCCUGGCUCUGCUCUGGCACCGCCCCUUAGACUCCCUGGCACUCAAGCCCCCCACCCCUACAGUGCCUUUCACUUGUCUCCCCCACCCCAGAAAUCCAGGGGGGGUGGUAGGGAAGAGCCCUGUCAAGGAGGACCCAGGGAGAGGAGGGGACAGGUUCUCAGGAAUCCUUUAUUCUUGUAGUAAUACUAACAGUGGGGGCAACGGGAGGGAGAAAACCAGACCAUUAAAACUGCUUGUGGUUUAAUCCCCAUUCAGGCUCUCUUAUGUGAUUUGGAUAGUGGAUUUGGUGGAGGGUCUGAGUCACAAGUGGGGAGGCCUUUCUCUGGAAAGGUGGUACUGACCCAGACUGGCAGGGAAAGGGCAGUCUUCCUCCGCCUUGUUCUGUGGGGUGACUGGUAUGCUGGACACGGAGGCAUCUGUUCACUCACUCCCACUCCCCGCGAAAGUACAACUCAGAAAUGAUACAGAUGGCUAACUAAGGACUUUAUUUCGAACAAAAAUUAAAAAUAAAAAAUUGAGAGCUAUUUCCCUG